AUGCUUCAAAUGUCACAACUACCAAACCGGGCAGGCUACAGCCCUCUCGUGCCCUCACCCCUAAACCCAGACGUCCACGCCGUCGCGCCGCAACGCUGCCACCAGAAACUGCGCGAAAAGAGACGCCAACAGGGCCGCGGCGACGUGAGCCCGACCCAGAGACUCCUCCGCCACAAGGCCGCCAUGGCUUGGAAGUCGGAAGCCCUGACGCGGGAGAGCACAAUGUACACGAGGGACGAGAUCCUCGACAUCCUCGCAGAGCGGGAUGAAACUUCAUGA